GGGCGGUAGCACUGGGGCUUCCUGGGCUGUGUGCGUUGCUGAUGCCGUUGCUCCUUUGCGACCCAGUCGAAGGAAGCAGCGAGGCAUGGCUAAAGAGCGAGAAACACGCAGAAAUCGGUACUGAAGUCCAGCUGCCGUGUGUACUGAAGCUGCGCCAGUGCAUCGGCCUGCACAGCAUCAAGUGGUACCAAGGCAACGAGCGCAUCUUCGUUUACAGCGCUGAAGGCGACGUGACUCUGGCAAACGACGACAUGGCUGCUAGGAUGUCGAUGAUCGUGCCAAAAAACAACGCAACCAAAUCAUAUUUGAAAAUUUUAAAUCUGACUCUCGGAGAUGAAGCUCUGUACAAGUGCGAAGUUACGUAUUUGGCUGUAAAUCGGGAGUGCAAUAACGUCCAGCAUAUCACGCUCAACGUCACAGUUCAGCCGAGCUCGGUGAGAGUCGUGGACGAAAGCGCGCAACAGACGCUGGAGGACGGACGAGUUUUGGGCCCGAUUAUCGAGGGCUCAACGAUAGCUCUGAGAUGCGAGAGUGGCAAGGGCAGGCCAGUGCCGACGGUCGAUUGGUACAACGGCGACGUCAAGCUCAAAUCGGUUAGUUCGUCGGAGUUGGAGGAGGACGGCAUCGGCACCGGAAGUGGGACGCUCAACCUCGCGGUGGCGCGCAGCGAGCUCGGCGCCACCUUCACUUGCGAGGUCAGCAGCAUCGCGCUCGAUGAACCACUCAAAAUCGACAUCAAACUCGACGUUCACGUGCGGCCGAUGAAGAUGGACAUAAAGGGAGUGGUCGGCCACGUGAUCAACGGCUCGAAGGUGUUGCUUCAGUGCGAGGUGCAGGGCGCCCGGCCGCCGGCCAACGUCACUUGGUACAACGGCACCGAGAUCCUCGACAAAAACAGCAGCCGGCUGGAAAUGCAGGAGACGAAGCUCACCGAUAACGCCGAUGGUACGACGCAGACGAACAGCUACAUAGCCUUCACGACUACGGAGCACGACAAUGGGCGCAAGUUCAGCUGCGCAGCCGUGAACUCGGUCAUGCUCAAGGAGGGCAGCAAACCCAUGAGGGAGACUGUCAUCAUGGAAGUUAUGUAUCCCCCAAUAAUACGGAUGAGCCCCGAGAACGUGACUGUCAACGAGACUGAUGAUUUCCAGCUCUUCUGCGACUACGAAGCCAAUCCGGCCAGCCUCGUCAAUGUACUAUGGCAACGAGAUGGCAAAAAUCUGACCCUAAACGAGGAGCACUACGAGGGCGGCACGAGCGAGCUGACCUCCCUUUUGGUGAAGAACGCCUCCGCCAGCGACAUCGGGAGCUACGCGUGCAUCCUGGAGAACGACUUUGGUAGCUCAAAGUCGAGCGAGCCCAUUGACGUCACUGUUUUGUACCGGCCGGUGGUGGAAGUGACGAUGGAGCCAGACGCGCCGCUAAUCGAGACCGCCCGGCUGAACGUUUCGCUGAGCUGUGACGUACUAUCGGGCAACCCGAGCUACCUGAGCGCGGUGCGCUGGUACCUGGACGGCGACCUGCUCAAGGAGCUACCCGACUGCUCGCGCAACGUCUCAGCUGGGGUUUUCUGCGACAUAGACCCGAGCAAACUGCUCCUAGAAUCUGUCGGCAGGUCCUUCCACGGCAACUACUCGUGCGAGGGCAGGAACGAGGCAGGCUGGGGACCGAUAUCCCCCAAUACCCCCGUCGUCGUCUACUAUAAACCGGGACCCGCAUCGAUAUCGUACGAGCCGAAGAAGGUGGUGAAGAAGGAGCCGCUCAACAUAACGUGUUCGGUCGACGACCCGGGCCGUCCCGCGGCGACGAGCUUCAAGUGGUACCGAGGCCUCAUGCGCCUUUCCGAGGAGCGGGAGUCCGUCUUUCGCGCGGACAAGGUCAGACUGGAGUACCGCGACAACUACACCUGCAUGGCCCACAACGACGCCGGUGACGGCGAUCCCGCCUCCACCUUUAUUGACAUUUCUGCCCCACCGGCCUUUAUAAAAAAGCUGCCCCAACUGGUGGGCUUUGUGUACAACGCGACAAACGUGAGCCUCGAGUGCCACAUCGAGUGCUCGCCGCUGUGCGAUAUAGUGUGGCUGAAGAACAACCGGUCCAUCGAUUUCGGCCGGACCCGCAAGUACUACGUGGAGAACGGCCGACUGGCGCCGAAUCGCAGCACCGAUGACUUUGAGAGCAUCAGCUCGUCCCUCAUCUGGAACCUCACGGCUUGGCCCUCGGGACAGCUCGACCGUAUAAUCGACAACGACAGCACCUUUACCUGCAUGAGCACCUCCAACGGCAUCGGGCCCGGCGUCUCCAGUACCGUGAAGAUCGAGGUCUACUUCCCGCCCGAGGGCCUCACGAUUUCGAGGAGCAAAGUAAACGUCGUCGUGGACAACAUACCGGAGCCAAUCCAGUGCAGCGCCAACGCCCGACCGGAUCCUCAGUACCGUUGGUACCGCGAAGGCAAGUCCGAGAUCAUAUCCGAGGGUCCGGUGCUCCACUUCAAGACGCCCUUUCCGCGCGCCAGCCGCGGCACCUACGUCUGCCAAGCCAGCAACAAAAUCGGCAGCGCCACCAUAUCCACCUACAUCAACGUGCAGUACAAGCCCGAGUGCCAAGUCGAUAAGGAGGUAAUGGACGGAAAGGAUUACGUGGUGUGCAGCGCUGAGGGCAACCCUACGGAUUACAGUUUCAAAUGGUCCCUCAAGAGCGACAACGACACGAUCGAACAGGUCCCGAUGACGCUCGCCGGCAGAAAUUACCUGCCCCUCGACGACUCCGUCUCCAAUCCGAGGACCUACGUCUGCGUCGCCAACAACAGCAUCGGCCAGUCCAGUCCUUGCGAGCGACACGUUCUUGGUUACGUUCCCUGGUGGAUGAGAUUGGAUGGUGACAUGCUGGUCAUCGCGAUCGCCACGACGGUCAUCGUCAUACUUAUUAUCAUCGUUGUCUGCGUCAUUAUUUUCCUCAUGUGCCGGCGCAAGCACAGCAAACUGAAAUAUCCGAGCCAAUCAGCGAAUAGCAAUCACAUGGACAGCGUAUCGGAGGGACUAUCCGAGCCCGAAACGAAGACGUUCUACGAGAACCUGCCCUUCCACGGCAUACAGUCACCGCCAAACAAGCCGUUCAAGCAGGAGUUCUCCGAUUUGGACUAUGCCGACGUAGACUACCGGUCGUACGGGCCGAUAAAUUACAAGGCGGCCAGCAUCGCUCUGCUCCAGAACCGGGACAGGCCGCAGCAGCAGCCGCAGCAGCAGCAGAAGCGGGACGAUCGCAUGCCGCAGAUGUACGGUGCCUCCGACGACAGCGAGGAACUCCUGUAAAGCCUCCCCACGCAGUUUCAGGUCCUUGUACGCACGUGACACGUCCAAACGCAAAAGUUUCAU